CGACACCCCGAGCGUUGAUCGCCACAAAUUGCGCAUGGAUUUGCCAGCGCGAUGCGAAUUUGUGUGUUUGAGAUGUUUGUGGCGCUGGGAUGCAGCAAGCAGCGGUAACGGUGUUGCGAAGGUGGGAGAAAUCGUCGUGCAGGUCUUGUUGGAGCCGUAAGUAAGUGAGUGUGUGUGUUAGUGUGGGCCCAGUUGGUGUGGACGGGAUCCGAAUGCAGGAAGGGCGCCUUUGCAUCGAUUUGCUAUUACCGCACGGCUGACGCAAUUGGGGAGCGCGUGCAACCUUCAACGACCUGGUAUUUCGAAUGUGGAGUGGCAGAUGUGAGAGACGAGCUCGCUGUCCCUGGUUUGGAAUCGCGUGCCAGGCUUGCGGUUCUUGCAAGAAAAGGGGCCGAAUCUUUCCUGUCAAAGCACCGUCGUCGCGGUGUCGCUCCCCCUUUGCGACACCUCCUUGACGAGGACCAGGUCGGUCGUCUUCGUUGAGCCAACAUCAUCAUCCACGGAUUGGGUUUCAUCCGGCCGUUCCUCAAGCCAAGAGGACUGGAGCCUACUUCCAGUUCGAUUCCUCACGCCUGCUGUGCCGCUCUGGUUCUGGAGUUUUGUCACUGUGGGAGUGGUACCCAUAAAUUAUUUCGCUCCGACUGUGCCUCAGGACGGGUAUUUGACUUUAGGGUUUCUGUCAUUCGAAGCACCGCUGUUACCGAAACGACCAAUCGAAUUCGUUGUUUGUGCUUUUAUCAUGUGGGUUUCGUUCCUCCGGCGUGCCUGGUGUUGAGGCACCGACGCACGCGAGGCCGUCCGGAUCCCUUAGUGGGUACUGGUUUUUUCGUAUUUCUUUUGGUGUGGAGUGGUAGCGGUGGUGAUAUUUCGAGCGCCAUGUCAGACUUGGAUCGCCAAAUCGAGCAGCUGAAGCGCUGCGAACCUCUGAAGGAGUCUGAAGUGAAGGCGCUAUGUCUCAAGGCUAUGGAGAUUUUGGUUGAGGAGAGCAAUGUGCAGCGAGUGGACGCGCCUGUGACUAUUUGCGGUGACAUUCAUGGCCAGUUUUAUGAUUUGAAAGAGCUCUUCAAAGUAGGAGGAGAUUGUCCCAAGACAAAUUAUUUGUUUCUGGGGGACUUUGUUGACAGAGGAUUUUAUUCAGUUGAGACUUUCUUGUUAUUGCUUGCUCUUAAGGUGAGGUAUCCCGAUCGUAUAACUUUGAUUCGAGGGAAUCACGAAAGUCGUCAGAUUACUCAGGUGUAUGGUUUUUACGAUGAGUGCCUGAGGAAAUAUGGUUCUAUAAAUGUCUGGCGAUAUUGCACGGACAUAUUUGACUAUUUGAGUCUCUCAGCACUCAUCGACAAUCGAAUCUUUUGCGUUCAUGGUGGAUUGUCUCCUUCCAUUACGACCGUUGAUCAGAUUCGAACUAUUGAUCGAAAGCAAGAGGUACCUCAUGACGGUGCAAUGUGUGAUCUAUUGUGGUCAGAUCCCGAAGAGAUAGAAGGUUGGGGACUUAGCCCACGGGGUGCUGGUUAUUUAUUUGGCGGAAACGUAGCUACUACAUUUAAUCACACGAAUAAAAUUGAUAAUAUCUGUCGAGCGCAUCAAUUGGUCAUGGAGGGAUACAAAUGGAUGUUCAACAACCAGGUUGUCACAGUAUGGUCAGCUCCAAACUACUGCUACAGAUGUGGUAACGUUGCAGCAAUCCUAGAGUUGGAUGAGAAUCUGAACAGAAAAUUCACUGUGUUUGAAGCGGCUCCCCCUGAAGCCAGAGGGGUACCAUCAAAGAAGCCUGUGCCGGAUUAUUUUUUAUAAAGCUUCUCGGAACCCGAUGCUUGUAAGAUUUAAACGAUGUUACAAUUAUCUACUUGACAGUUUUCUCGACGUUGUAAACUGGUUUCUGGAAGAUUAUAGACAUACUACAAGGGUUGUAGUCAAGAGAGUUGUGGUAUAAGCACGUACUUAUACUGACCACUGUGCGCAGUACUCAUGUACUUCCCAGCCUCCCUACAGGUCGAAGCUAUUUGCUCCAGAAAUUAGAACAGUUCGUUCGUACGAUAUUUAUAGCAUACAGGAGAGGGGAUACAGUGGCUACUUUUAUGAACAUAUUGCUCUAGUUUGAGCUUCAGGGAGAUACGAGGUUUCUUGCUAUUAAAUCGUGAUUAGUAUACUUCCAUUUGGAGCUUCAAAUCCUUGUACUUUGGGUUGUAAACUUCUGGCUGGAAAAAGGAUCAGCUUUUUUCAGCAAUCAUGAAUAUUAAUGGUUAUGAUAGGAAUUUUUAGGCA